AUGUCAGUCUUACAGACCAAUGUCAGUCUUAUGAACCUUUGCGAAUUUUCAUUUGAUAACUCUUCUUCACAAACUGCUGUUGAGUACUAUGGGGAACAAUAUAACAACGGAAGUCAAGAAAUUAAAAAGAAGUCAAUAACUUAUGAAGAAUUAAAGAUUGCAUACAACCGACUGAGUCAAAUUCUUCAGUCUGUAACUUGCUCGUCAAAUUGUGUUAUUGGACUAUUCGUACAGCCAUGUUUAGAGUUGGUUAUUGCCAUACUUGGAAUCAUGAAAACCCAAUGUAUCUUCGCCCCUCUGGAUGUGAAAAUUUCGACAGAUUUUUUCACAAGAAUGAUAAACAAAGCAGGAAUGAAAAUUUAUCUCAAACACUUAAUUCUGUUUAAGAUAGCAGAAAGCUCGCAAAUCAGAGGAAUUGAUCUUAAUAUGUCAAAUAUUUCUUAUAUUGUUCAUACAUCUGGAACGACUGGUGUGCCAAAAAUAAUCACAGUACCUCAUAAAUGCAUUGUUUCAAACAUUGUGCAUUUAGCAAAAUUGUUUCAUAUCGAUAAAUCAAGUAAAGUUGCUAUGGUUUCACCUCCAACGUUUGACGCAAGUAUAGUAGAAAUGUUCAUUACAUUAUCGAAUUGUGCGACUUUAAUAAUACCCUCUGAAAUGAUCAAAUCGCAACCUUCUGAGUUAAUAAAUGUUUUACUCAAAAAAGCGAAGAUUACCAUUCUUCAGGCAACACCUUCUUUGAUGAGAAGAUUCCAUAUUGAUGAUUUAAGAACUGUUGUGUUUAGUGAAACCGCAAGUUUGAAAUAUAUGACUUUAGGUGGUGAAUCUUGUCCAUCUUGCAAAAGUUUGAGAGAAUGGAUAAACCGAUGCAAUAAAUAUUCAAUGUAAAUUUUUAAUAUAUAUGGUAUUACUGAGGUCUCAUCAUGGGCAUCUAUACAUCAAAUCUUAGAAAAUGAUAUUUUAUCAGCUGAUGAUUCUGCAAUUCCAAUAGGAAUUCCAUUAUGGAAAACAUUUUUUGAAGUAAGAGAUGAAACAACAAAUACGGUUUUGUGUACAAUUUCUUCGCCAAAGACUCCAAAUUGCAAUCUUUUUGAAUCAAAUUCCGAUAGGUCUUAUUCAUAUCAAUUGCACAUAUCAAAUAUAAAACAAUCUAACCAUCAAAGUGGUGCAGAUAAAGGUAUAACAUUUUGCGGGAAGUUGUUCAUUGGAGGUAAAGAUCGAUUUUGUCAUGUCUUGGGUGAUAAAGAUCAUGAAUUCAAAGACACUGGAGAUAUUGUUAAUGCUACUAUACAGAAUGACAAAACUUUGAAAUUGUCUUUUGUUGGAAGAUGUGACUCUAUGGUGAAGAGAAAUGGGAAGAAAUUGAACUUGUUGAGCAUGUCUAAA